AUGCAAAAGGAGGCUGACAGGGCGCGAAAGAGAAAAGACGACGUUCGCGAGGAGGAUGAGGUUGGCACCUUUUUCUCGGCUGACGGCAGUGUGUAUGAGGGGAAGGUGAGCCGGCGUGAGAUUCCUGUGGAAUUUCCGCCGGGAAUGCCGAUGCCGAUCCUUUCGUCCAGUUUGCGCGUCCAGCUGCCGCCGGAGCUGAUGCCCCAGGUCAUUCCAAUUCAAAAUGGGAAGGGAGUGUUUAGGGACGCGGGUGGCGCGAUCUACGAAGGUAGCUGGGCUGAGGGGGCCAUGUGCGGGGAGGGUGCGCUGCGGUUUCCGAGCGGGGCCACCUACACCGGUGGGAUGCGGGGGAAUAAGUUUUAUGGGACCGGCACGUAUUACUGGCCUGAUGGCUCUCGCUACGAAGGGCAGUGGGAAAACAAUAAGAUGCACGGGUUUGGCACCUACGUUGACGCUCAGGGAGGACGUUGGACGGGUAAGUUCUACCACGGCUGUGGUAUUGGCUUAUUGGCCGAAAUCCACCUGUGA